AUGUCGCCAGGACAAAGAGGAGCGAUGGGAAUCCCGCUCACGGUUCUCCCUCUAGCCAUCCUCCUCCACGUCGCCGGCUGCAGCCCUCCUCCGGAGCCGGUGGUCUGCACGCACGGCACAUCCAACUGCACGGUCACCAACUCGUUCGGUUCCUUCCCGGACCGCAGCAUCUGCCGUGCGGGCAACGUCGCCUACCCGCGCACGGAACAAGAGCUCGUGGCGGCCGUCGCGGCGGCGGCGGCAGUGAAACGCAAGAUGAAGGUGGCCACCAAGUACUCACACAGCCUCCCCAAGCUGGCGUGCCCCGGUGGCCUGGACGGCACCAUCAUAAGCACGGCGCGGCUCAACCGGACGGUAAGCGUCGACGUGGAGAGGAGGCUUAUGACGGUGGAGAGCGGCAUGGUCCUCCGGGACCUGAUCGAGGCCGCCGGCGCCGCAGGGCUGUCCCUGCCGCACUCGCCGUACUGGUACGGCCUGACCAUCGGGGGCCUCCUGUCGACUGGCGCGCACGGCAGCUCGCUGUGGGGCAAGGGCGGCGCCGUCCACGAGUACGUGGUCGGGCUGAGAAUCGUGACGCCGGCGCCGGCGAGCCAGGGGUUCGCCGUGGUGAGGGAGCUGGGCGCCCACCACCCUGACCUGGACGCGGCAAAGGUAUCCCUCGGGGUUCUCGGCGUCGUCUCUCAGGUCACGCUGGCGCUGCAGCCGCUGUUCAAGCGGUCGGUGGCGUUCGUGAAGCGCGACGACUCAGACCUGGCGGACCAAGUGGCAGCAUGGGGCCGCCUCCACGAGUUCGCCGACAUGACGUGGCAGCCGGAGCAGCGCAAGGUCAUCUACCGCCAGGACGACCGCGUCGACGUCUCGUCGCCGGGCAACGGCCUCAGCGACACGCUCCUUGCCCGGUCCGCCCCCACGCGCAUGCUCAUCGAUGCAAGAGCCGCGGAGGAGCGGCUGCAGGAGAACGGCACCGCCGCCGCCGACCUGUGCGCAGCGGCGCGGCCGCUGGCGGACACGGUGGAGCGGCAGGCCUACGGCUACACAAACGACGGCGUCUCGUUCACGGGGUACCCGGUGGUGGGGUACCAGCACCGCACCCAGGCGUCCGGCACAUGCAUGGAUAGCCCGGAGGACGGUCUCCUGAGCGGCUGCCCUUGGGACCCCCGCAUCCGAGGCUCCUUCUACUACAACUCCGGCUUCAGCGUCCCGCUCUCCAAGGCGCCGGCGUUUGUGUCGGACAUGCAACGGCUCCGGGACCUCAACCCGGACAUCUUCUGCGCCGGCGUCGACACCAGGGUCGGCGUGCUCCUCCGCUAUGUCAAGGCGUCCUCCGCUUACCUCGGCAAGCCCGAGGACUGCAUCGACUUCGAUGUCAUCUACUACUGGAGCCGCACCUACGGCAUGCCGCGUGCGCACGCCGACGUGGUGGACGAGAUCGAGCAGAUGGCGCUACGCAAGUACGGUGGCCUCCCGCACUGGGGAAAGAACCGUAACUUCGCAUUCAGCGGUGUCAUCACAAAGUACCCGGGAGCUGCUAAAUUCCUCCGGGUGAAGGACAGGUAUGACCCUGACGGGCUCUUCUCGAGCGAGUGGAGCGACCAGGUGCUCGGCAUCAACGGAAGCCCCGACAUCGUCAAGGAGAGCUGCGCCGUGGAAGGACUCUGCGUCUGCUCUGAAGACUCGCACUGCGCACCCGAGCAAGGGUACUUCUGCCGACCAGGAAGGGUGUACGACGAGGCCAGAGUUUGCUCGUUCCUCCAGGACUAG